AGAUUUGUAUUUGGUAUUUAAAAGAUUUUGUUGGUUAUGUUCAUAAUUUAGAAGAUCGCAAUGAUUGAAAGUAAUGAGUUUUUUUUUUUUAAAUUGCUACCAGAUCGUGUUAUUUAAAGACUAAAAAUAAUUCUACUGAUAACAAUUGUUUUAUUUGUAAGAAUAAAUAGAGCGCUUGCUCAAGUAUAUAUCUAAUCCUGUCGUUUUUGCAGCUGCGCAGGUGUAUCGUCGUCACCUUCUCAUUAGCAUCUUGACCAAAAAGCCAGUCACGCUAGCAAGAGUAUCCAACACGGCUGGUUAUUCCUUUUAAUCAUUAUAAUUUCUUAUAUUCUUUAUUAUUUUCCAUUAAUCAUUCUAAUAAUUCAUUUAAAUCUUAAUCGAUAAAUUCGUCCCUAAUCGAUUAUAUCGAACAGGACGAUGCAAUGGGUGAAGGAAGGAGAGAACGUUCAAGUAAAAGACAAAGAUCAAAUUACGGAGUCAACAAAUCAUCAUCGGAUUCCGAGCUAGCCCAGGAUAAGAAAAAUAAAGGACGAAAAAGUAAAUUAAAAGAACGAUGGCCAUUCGCGGAUGGAUUGACGGUAGACGAGCUUGCUCGUUAUCGAAGAAGACGGAUUGAGGGUCAUUCAAAAGAUAAUGUUGGAUCUUAUGCAGAAUCUGAUUACCUUAAAAACGAUACUUCAACUGAAUAUCGUCGAGCUUUCCGUGCAAAAAGUGAAGAACUUCUUAAGGAGAAUAUUUCUCCAGUUAAAAGCAAACGACCAUCGAGUUUUAUCCGAUUGGAUGAGGCCUAUGACAACGUAGAACCAUCGUAUAAUAAAGAUUUUCAAAAAUAUGAACAAUUAGAGCUUCCAUCUAAAAACGCAGAACAACAUUCAUCUUUCGUUCUUGCCGAAGGAGAUAUCCUUCCAAUGGAGACUCAAACGGAACAAUCGAAAUUUAUCGCUCAUACGAAUAUGAUCGGUCGACCACCGAUCAUUAGAAGAGGUACUAGUUUAAAACGAGAAGGAAAUUUCUAUACGGAUACCGAAAUGUAUUCAGCUUACGUACCUUAUGAGGGCCACCAUAGGGCGGAAUUAGCCCGAAGGCCAACGUCCUUGAAAAUGGAAGGAGAAAUGGAAACGAUGACUGAGAAGUGUGAGAAGUUCAUUCAGUGGUUAAACGUUAGCAGGCCGGAACUUAUGCGUGUUCCAACGCAACUUAAACUCGAGGGUGAAUUCGAGACUAGCACAGAAAACCAUGAAAAGUACGUCCCUUUCGUAGGAGCGAGAAGGCCCGAACUACUUAGGCAAGGUACGAGUUUAAAACUCGAGGGUGCAACCACUUUCGUGGCUGAAUAUACUGACGUUUUCAAGCAACACGCACUCACUGAAAGACAACCACCUGCGAGGAAACCUGAAACGCAUUUGAAAACCGGUAAUAAUUUUUACGAUUCAACCGAAAACAAGAAUAAUUAUAUCAAUCCUCGUGUUAGAGAGGCUCAACUAAUGGCAGAAUUGGCUAGAGAUGUUGAAGAAGAAGAAGAAGAAGAAGAAGAGGAAGAGGAAGAGGAAGAAAAGAAAAGAAAAAGAGAAGAGGAAGAAAAAGAGGAAGCUAAAAAAGACAAAGAGAUGCAAAUGUUAGUGUCGAAAUUAGAAGAAUUAAAGAGUCCACCUUUAGAAAUUCCGGAAUACAAAGAUGCCUACAAAGAUUUUCCAAGAGAACGGCCAACAUUCUCAAAACCCGAAGACGAAAUUGGUCGAGCUGACGGUUCGAAAAUACUCUCAUCUCCAACACGUUCGAAAUUUUCAACCAAAAUUGAUCAGGAUCCAGAAUACAAAUCCAAGUAUCUUGAUUAUCCUAAGGAUUCGUUCGUUUAUCGAAAACCACCGUUGACAUUGAGAACUACUCCUGCUUAUUCAGAUCGUUUUAUCUGCAACAAACAUAAUUUUUAUGAGACCAAACGAUACGAUUACGAGCCAACUAGCGAAGUAAAAUCACAAUACGUUCCUUAUGGUCACGUUCCACGUGUUAAACCUAUGAGAAUGCCAGCUAAUUUACGAUUAGAAGGUAGUAUCGAUCUUCAACCGGAAUAUAGAAAUGCUUAUUGCAGCCAACGUGAUUAUCGAUCUUCCUAUGAUAUGAAGAAACAACAAAAUCGUGAAAGAAGUUUGAGUGCAUCGAGAAAGAAAGAUAAUUAUUGGAUAAACAAUAAUAAUAGUGAAAGAUUUGGUUGCGUCAAUGCUGCUGAAGAUCAGGAUGCUUUUCAAGUAUUAAAAACUCGAGUACAUGAGGACAGCAUCAUUGGCAAACCGCCACCAAGUAAUCGAAGACAUUAUAGAGGAUCGCAGAGUCAAGAACCAAUGCAAUCAGAUGCUGUUGUUGAACGUAAUAUUAUCAGAAAUCGAUCACCUAGUCCAACUUAUCGUCUUCACGUUUGCAACGUCGAUGAUGAACCUCGAGGUUUUGGUCAACGUAAACGCUCAACGCAAAUCGAGUCUUCCGAAAGAACGCAUGAUCCAUUGCCAGAUCGUUUUAAUAGAAACAUUGUUCGUAAAUCGUAUUCUCCUAGUUUCGGUAAAAACGAAGCUAAAGAAAAACAAUUGGAUAAUGAACAAUCUUUCGUCGUUUUGGACAAUGUCAACAAGUGUCGUAAUAAAAAGGAAACAUGUAGAAGAAGAUUGGAUAAAAAUUAUAACAUAGAAAAUAAUUUAUCGAUGUCCAGAGGAAGACCAAAAACACCAACCAAUUGGAUGCCACCCUGGUACGAUAGUACUAAUACGAUCUAAAAGUCAUAAUAGAUCGUUAUAAUAGUCACAAUUAAAAAAAUAAGAAAAGAAUAUAUUGGACAAAGUAAUGCAAUGCUAUCAGUAGAAAAUAUGAUCCUAGAAAUAAUACUUUAGCUACAUGUACUGCCUACAAUGGGAUAUGAUUUAUUCCUAAUAUAUAAUAUUCUAUGUUCGUGUAUACGUAAAAGGCUGAAUAUCAUAUCUACAAAAUUAUAUAAUAGUAGUCGUCACGAGCAUGAUAUUAAAACGCACAAGAUACGUAUUGCAAUAUAAGAAGAAAACAAAAUAUAUAUUUAGAUAAAUUAAUAGCGAGAAAAAAAAAACAAAAAGAAAAAAUAGUUUAUGGUAUACGAUUUUCGUAUGUUAACAAAUUGUUAACCGGACAUCAGUAGUAAUAUAAACAUGCAAUUUGAUUAUUAAAAUAGAUGAUUAUCAUGUUGAAUUUCAUAUUAUCAAUUUUCCAGAAAGUUUAAUAUUUAAAAAUUUA